AUGCCCCUUAAUCUCCUUUUACACGAAGACAAUCAUCAGAAACGACCAAUGAUAGUUUUAGAUAGCGCCUACGACGAGCUACGUUUCAGUAUCAUCGGUAAUAAAGACUUAAAGUACAAAUUAGUUGGUAAUGUCCAAUUCAUAAAACAGCUCACCACAGAUUUUGAACAUCUUAUCAAUCAACUCACUGAAGCAACCAAUGUUUCAUUAGAGGACACUAGUUAUUUACUCGAAAAUUUGGAGAAACUUGCCGUGAUCACCAAUAUUUUAUGUUUAUUUAGUAUUGAAGUCGACAACAAAAAAGACGAAAACAUUGCUGAAUGCCUUUCAACAAUGAAACUAGUAUUGAACCCAAUAAUUAGGCUAUUAAAUUAUUUCAUCCAAUCUUUUGUUCCUGCUUUAUAUAGGCACAAAGAAAAUCCAUCGUAUUUAGAUAUUCAAAGCAAAUUUGAGAGUGUCAUAGGCUAUGCUUUGGAAAUCUUAAUGGGAUUAGCAAAUAUCAAAGAUCACGGUUUGGACACAAAGAUGUUAUGGAGAUUUAUAAUUUCAUUGUUGAUAGUAACUGAUGAUAACCACGAACAAUUAUGUUUUAUUAGCUCAUCAAUAUUGAUUAAACUGUUGAAGUUAGUGCCGUUAUUAUUAGGAUCAACUUGCAGAGUAACCAAUGAUUCACUUGAGACGUUAUUGACUGCGUUAUUGAAUCGUUUAUCGAAGAAAUGUGAUACAAUUAUAAACACCCACAUAACUGUCUUAUUCCCGUCCUCAAGUGAUCAAAUACUACACCAAAUGGCAUUCGAAGAUUCUUGUUUGCCCAAUAUCGAUUUAAAUAAAUCCAUUCUUGAGAAAACAGUUGACUCACAACUAUUGUUAGAGUUUAUAACUUGUACAGCUCAAAUUUUGAGUUUUAUGAAAUCCAAUGACUAUGAUAUUUUAACGGCAUUCCAAAGCAAUUAUGUUAAGUCUCCAAAUGAAGAUAAGACUAGUAAAAAGAAAAGGAAAACUUCGUUUUCAAACAAAACAAGGGAGUUUGCUUUUAAUGUGGUGGCUUCGUCAACUCCCGUGAUAGUGUUGUCUGUUAAUGUGUACUUAGCUUUAUUGCUUUUGGUAAAGUACGAUAACUGGGCAUUGAAUCUAGCUUCAUUAAAUUUGAUUGCAUUUUAUUUAAAGAACUUGAAACCUUCACAAGAUGGAGACAAAGCCUUGAUUUUUAGAAGUUAUAAGAAAUUAUUCCCCCGAAUUAUUUCAAUGCUAGAAUUGAAAAAUGAUUAUACUGGAUGCAUGAACAAAAAAACGAAAAAUCCAACUUCAUCUGCUUCUGGUUUAAAUUCAAUGGCCUCUUUUGCAAAUAAAAUCAAGUCAUUAAAUCAGACGGAAUUCAGAUUACACGAUUAUCAGAUACCAAUGUUUUUGCUUUCACCAACUCGAAUAUUGUCGGAUUUGUGCCUUCAAUAUCCUCGAUUGAACGAUGAUAUACAUGACACUAACAUAGAUUAUAAGUUGGUUGAAAAAUUGCAAAUCUGCUAUCAGUCCAGCAAACUACUUAAAAUAUUAAAGUCUUUGAAAUCGAGUAGCAAUCAUGGGAAAAUGUUAGUUGAUUUUACCACAAUGUUGACUAUCGAUAAAGAUGAAACCGAAGUGUCUGACUUGUUGUUACUUUUGAGUGUUUAUACUGCAAAUCGAGAAGAAUACCGGACUAGAGUAGUAAACGUCCCACAAGAGUAUAAUAUUAAUGUGGCGGAGAUUAUAUUUGAAAUUGUCGAUGAUUAUUAUUUUUUGCUCAACCAGUUACAUUUAGCAUAUCGUUUAUUGAGUCCAAAGAAAAGAAGAAACCUUAAUGGAACAACAAGAACAACUAAAGAGGUACCCGAUAGUGAUUUGCCAUGGUUUGGUAGAAAUCUAGGGAUCAUAAGUACAUUACAUGAUGCUUCUAUCUUUACAAAUUGCUUUUACUUUAUCCGUUCAGUAUCUCGAUCAGUGGCUACGUUACGAACUUUUUUUGUUGAAUGCAAUUCAUUUAAAAGUUUUUCAACUACUGAUGAUGCAACUGAUAAUGAGCAACAACCAAGUGGUCAAGCUAGUUUACGAAGUGGUAAUGUUGGUGAGAAUCUGGCCAAUAAUGCUGACUCUUUAACAAUAAGGACAACUGCAAGUGCACCUAGAGUGACAUCUGGAGCCAACACUAACUCCAACUCCAAUGCUGCAGUUACUUCAUCAUCAGCGGGCUCUACAUCAGUCACGAAUGGACCACCAGGGGGGUUUAUUUUUGAUAUUUUACAAAUCAUUCACAAAUAUGAGAUUUUAAUGCAGAUUUUUGAAUUUUUUUAUGGUGUGAAUAAUACCAGUGACAAUUAUGAUCACACAGAAAUGGAUAUUGCAAAGUGCAAAAAAAUAGUUAUGACCAACAAAUCCAUCUGUAUUGGAUCGCUUGCCAAUUUCAUAUUAGAUUUCAGUUCGUUUAGAUAUAAAAUUAUUGGUCAUGAGAGUUUUUUGUCCAGUUUGUUGACUAUUUAUCAAAAUUCAUCUACGGAUAAUGAAAUUGAAGAAUCUAUUCCUAUUACUAGUUCCAAAGGACAAUCGACUUUAGAAGAAAUUUAUCAAAACAAUGAUAUUCAAUUGAAAAUUUUACAAGUCAUUAAAAAUUUCAUGUAUAAUGAAGCUACUGAAAACAAAAAAGAAGUUUUAGAUUGUUUUUCGUUAAAUUUUAUUUUACAAAAGGCAAGUUAUGGAUUGGGCGAUAAUAAUGAAUCUAUUAGCCACCACAAGUCUCGAUUAGUAGAUAAUACUCAUAUCACACAAAUCAAAUUACAACAAAAAAUAACUGCAUUUGAAAUUUUAAGAAAUUUCAUUUCUGGAUCACCUCAUUUCAACGCAUUAUUAAUAGAUGCCUAUGAAAAUGAUUUUGUUCAAUUUGAAUAUGCAAAUGGUAAUACCGGAAUUCCAAAUACUUGGUUUCAAUUUUUGAUUCAGAAUGUGAGUAAUGUCAAUAUAUUUUUACCUGACUUGAAUUAUAAGCAUAAUGCUAGUGGCCGUAUUAGAAACCCAGAAGCUCAACUCAAACUUUUUUAUGAAAAUGAUGAAGUUUUAAGUAAAUUAAUCCAAGAUGAAAAGUAUGUGAGAUUGAUUCGAGCAAUUAAUCAUACUGAAGACCAUAAAUAUAGUGUUAUUGAUAAGAGCAAACGUAAUUGGUUCCCCAAUGAUGGGUUAUUAAAGAUUUGGCUUAGAUUAUUGUCAUUUAAAAUACCUGAAUCUAUUCUUGAUGAAUUACAAAAUGAUAAUGAUAAAGUCAAUUUGUUUAAUAAUUUGUACAGUAUCCAAUCAUCGAUUAUUUGGAUAAUUGUGAAUUUGACAUGGAAAUAUUCACGAUUUGGAUAUAAUGUUCAUGAUUAUAGCAAAUAUGAUGUUUAUCAAAAUGUUGACGGUUCAAGAUUCCCAACUAGCAGUAACCAUAGGAUCUAUAUUGAUGAAGAUGAUGAUCAAGGGGAAGAUGUUAUAAUGGAUGAUCCUAGUGAUAUGCCAGAGCCACAACAACGACAACAACAAGACACCACAUCUUCAUCAGCAAGGAUAUCUAGUAGCAGAGGGAAUGAAAAGAGGAAAUUAGAAGGACAAACUAAUACUCACGAAUCAUCUGUUUAUGAAAGAGCUAAACAUUUAGAUGAAAUGGGUUUCACUCAGGUUAUCAAACAAUUGAUUAAAUACUAUACUGAUCAAGCAAAUGAUAAUCUAUUCAAUAAGAGUUCUCCCGAUGAAUCAAGAAUGGAAAAUGUGUCGGUAUUGUCAACCGUACUCUUUGGCAAAGGGCACGACAUAUUAGAAAAAUUGGAUACUGCCUUGAGACAAAUAACAGCAUUGUUAAACACGAAAACCAACAAUAAUAAUAAAAGAGGUAGAGAUAUUGGUGUUAGUGGAGUAGAUGGUCAUCCUAAUAAUAACAACGACAAUAACAAUGACAAUUCUGGGUAUAUGAAUAGAGAGUUAAGAUUACAAAUUGAUGGUGACAAUGUUAGUAUCAUCAAGAAGUAUUCAGAUGAAGAUAUAGAAAGGAGGGCAAAUCAGAGGCACCAAGAAAGAGAAAGAAGAGAUAAUGACAGGUAUCAAAUAUCUCAAAGACGAGAAGCGAUUGAUUCAGAAGAUAAUGAUGAUGACGACGACGACGACGACGAAGAAAUGGAGGUUGAUCAGGAUCAACAACAAGCAGGUGGUGGCGCAGGAGGUGAUGAUGACGAUGGAGAUUUUGAUUAUGCGGUUGAAGCAAAUUAUGAAGAUCGAGAUGAUUCCGAAAGUGAGGCUAGUGAUGAAAUACCAGAUGAAUACUGGAUAAUGUAA